UAGUACAUUGUGAAAGACGUGUCGUAACUACAAUAAUAAUUUUGUAAAGUAAUUUUUAAGGAAUCAACAAUGGGAGUCGAUAUUUUGGGCUUCGCAUAUGCUGCGACUGUUGCUGCUGGCGGUAUUAUGGGAUAUGCCAAAGCUGGUUCUAUACCAUCACUAGGUGCUGGAAUUAUUUUCGGAUCAAUCUUGGGUGUCGGAGCCUACCAGUUAAGUCAAGAUUCGUCUAACUACACACUGAUGCUGGGCACAACAACUGCGUUAGGUGGAUUAAUGGGAUACAGAUACUACAAUGGCAGAAAGUUCAUGCCGGCGGGUCUAAUGUUUGUCCUUUCUGUGGGCAUGUUAACAAAACUGCUUGUCAAGAACGUCGGCUCCAGCAAAAUGCCUGUGAAGGCUGGUUAAAAUAAGUUAUUGUGAAUUGUAAGCACCUUGUUUAUAAAUAAAAACGUUUUUUUUUUUGUUGAGUAACAUCUGGAUUUUUUGAAGUUUCAUUUAAUAAUUAGGUCUUUGGCUCCUGCCAAAGUCCUAAAUCAAAAUAUAAUGCUCACAAAGUUUGCAUUUUACAGCCAUGACUGAUCAAAUUCUGUUUCUACUAUUUUAUAAAACAAGUUGCUUGCAUCAUUAAUUUAUAAUAAAUUUGCAUAAUUAUUGUGAUUUGAUAAAACAUUUCUAACAAAUAAGUUAUCACAUUUGACCUUGACUUUUGUUAAUUUUGCACUGGAGAACAAAAAAAUAAAAAUAUGUAUAUUUUGAUUAUUGGUUGAUUUUGCUUGUGUUCACAUUCUAUAUGUAAUUCUACACAAUUUUAUGAAUGUAAGUUUACAAAUGUUGUUUUACAGUUAGGUGAUGGGUGUGAAAGUAGAUGAAAUAAAAGAUGUUAUAGAAAUUAA